AUGACAACUUCCAAUCGAUGCACCGAGUUUCCUGCCCCAGGACUUCGAAACCCGUUCCGCUAUGUGACUGGCCAUGAUAGUAACGGCGAGCCAACAUUCCUACUGGCAAAUCAUGGAGACCACCGCGCUGUUAUGUUAAACGGCGAAGGCGCUCAAAGCAUCAUGUACAGCAGCAACAGCAACCCAGUGGAGCUCACUAACGAUGUCGACCUAGAAUUUGCCAGACUUAACAGACCUUCUCUCCACAUCCCAAAAGGCUGUGUCGUCCGCAUGGUAGACUUUGCGCCAGGUGGGGAGUCCAACAUGCACCGCGCUUUGUCUCUUGGGAUAGGGACUGUCUGCGAGGGCGAAGUUGAGCUCAGUCUGAGUACAGACGGAAAAGUCAACCGGAUUCUUCGUCCUGGGGAUGUUAUCAUCAAUCGCUGUGCUAUGCAUCGCUGGAGAAACACAUCCAAGGAGAAGCCGGCCCGCGUGCUCUUUGUUAUGCUGGACGUUGAGCCGGUUUUUGUUAAUGGCAAACCGCUGGAAUUUGAUAUGGGUGAGCUUAUGAAGGAGUAUGGUGAUUAUAAGGAGGGCGAAGGCGCAAAUAAGAAACCGUAG